AUGUACUUCACAAAAGCAAUCACCUCACUGGUCCUCAGUAUCAGCACCGUCACCGCAGCGGUACUGCCUAGACAGGCCAACACUACUGCUCUCUCCAACACCACAACCACAAACACAACCCUGCCACCAGUAUCUCUGGACUCAGAUACCUUCAUCAUCCGUGCUCAACAACUGAACGACACUUCCAUUACCCUUGGGUACAUGUACGCCCAGUAUGCCUAUCCACCAGGCUACUAUGCAACCCUUCGACCUUCAAAGAGCGAUGCCAUCGUGGGUCAUUUGACCGAUACGACGAAUGCCAGCAACAGCAGUUUGGUCUUUGGCAAUGAGAACCCCCAGGGCUUCGUGCUGUAUCCGUUGGUCUCGUACUCGAAUGCUUCGAUUGCGCAAAUCUUCUCCGGCCAGCAGGGAACCAAGGGUGUCUUUGUCAAUGAGGGUGGAAUCGUGGAUUGGGCAUCUCAGAGGGUGUCUUGGUAUGCUUGCGACCAGGCUUUAGAAUGGGGCAAAGCUAUAGCCAUAUGGUACAGAUGGAUGAAUGUUACUACGCCUCGCAACUGUGUCGAUAUCCAGUUGAUCGCAGAGUUUGUUUCUUCAUAG